AUGGCGUACCACGCAGCAGAUCCAGAUGAAGCUUUUGAUUACCUGUUUAAGAUAGUUCUUAUUGGUGACGCAGGCGUUGGGAAAACUUGCGUUGUUCAGCGUUUCAAGUCAGGAACAUACACUGAAAAACACGGGAGCACGAUAGGUGUUGAUUUCACCAUGAAGACGCUAAACAUUGAUGGCAAACUAGUCAAGUUACAAAUCUGGGAUACAGCAGGCCAAGAAAGAUUUCGCACGAUAACUCAGAGUUAUUACCGAAGUGCAAAUGGGGUCAUUAUUGCUUAUGACAUCAGCAAGAGGUCAACAUUCGAAGCAGUCCCUCGCUGGCUGGAUGAUGUGAAACGAUACGCAGGUCAAAAUGUUGUACAGUUGCUUGUUGGCAACAAAUGUGACCUGGAGAGUCUGCAAGAGGUCAGCCUGGCUGAAGCCAAAUCUCUGGCUCAGUCUCAGAACUUUAUUGGUGCCAUAGAGACAAGUGCAAAAGAAAACACCAACGUGGAUGAUGCAUUCCUGAAGAUGGCUAGAGAGCUAAAGAGGCGAUUUGGUGAUGAUAGUGGCAUGGAUCCAGGACAGUCUGGGUCCCUCCAGCUCAACAGUCGGUCCAGAUUCGGCAACUCCAAGUCAUGGCUCCAGUGUUGCGGCAGCAGUUAA